AUGGCAAAUGAAUGCCUGAAACUUAGCAAUUCAUGUUUAUUCCUAUCUCUUAAGAAAUGUGUGAAUAAGACUGUUAAGGGAGGUGAUGAUGCCUUCAAUACAUUUUUCAAAGAACUCGGCUUAGGGAAGCUCGUUUCUCAUAUUGCUUUUGUUGAUCUUAAGCCCAAUGUUAUUGAUGAAGUGAGAACAAGAGCAUUUAGCCAGCUAUUUCAGCUUGAUCAAUUGAUUGUUGCAAACAAUUUUGCACAAGGCCUUGGAAGGGAGAUAUUUGAUCUUUGCUUGGAUUGGAUCAGAAAGGUUGCGCUUGGUGUCUUUGAAGAGAUCCUUGAUGACAACUCAGCAGCUGCCAGCUCAUGA